UCAAUUUAUCAUUUCAUUUACCGGUGUCUUUGAAACGCUUUUUAAGUCCUCUUAACAUUUUGAUCCAUUUCCGUACCAAGUUUCAGAUCCGAAGCACUCAUAGUUCAGAUCAGAUCUUUCCCCAGAUUAGGCGCCACCUCUGAAAAUUUUGACUUGCACCUGAAUCUGAAAAGUUGCCGUCAUCGGUUUAUAACCAUAGAGCAGCUAUCUAAGAGCUCUGCAGCUGUUGCUUCUGCUGGAUUGGAUUCGGAAUAUAUCUCGGUAUAUACCAAGGGCGCAUCUGCGCAAAGGCAGUCUUGAUUUCACGAGUUAGAUUAUUGAGGCAGGGUUUAUGCCUGAACAGAAGUUAAUGCACUAGUUGUCUUUGCUCCCAAAUGAUCUUAUGUUGGAUUUGGUUGUAAGUGAAGAUAUUAAACAGAUUUGUGUGGCAUAUCUACAUUGUCAUGGAUAUAACUAAAUAUACAGGAGAUGGUACAGAGUGAAUUUUCUUCAGAGGGGGUUGACUUCACCGAGGUCAAUGACGUUAACAGUGGAAGCAUAGGGUCUGGCUUUCGUCGAGAACCUUCAUUUUCAGGAUGGUGUGAUGAUAAUGGAACAGUCCAUUUGGAGCAGCAACUCAGGGAUGAAGAUGUUAGUUUAGAGGAAGACUCAGAUUUUGAGUUGCCUUUUCCUCAAAAGAACGAGCAGCAAAGCAUAUUUUUUGACAGAGACAGACGCUUCCACCUGAAGUAUCAGCAAAGGAGGAGUAUGCAAAAGAAUUUUACAGGUACCACCAUGGAUGUGGAUUCAAGUUAUCAGAGCGGUAAUGGAUCUGGAAAGUAUGUGCCUUUUGAUGUUGAAGACAACUCGGAAAGGGGGAUGACUGGUGUUGACUCCUCUGUUCGUACGGUUGAUACUGGAUCUUUUGUAAAAGGCUCCAAAGAUCCUAUUUCUGCAGCAAAUAUCUUAAAGACAUUGUUUUUUAUACUUGUGUGGUACACUUUCAGUCUAUUUUUGACCUUGUACAAUAAAACUCUUUUAGGAGAUCAUAUGGGAAAGUUCCCAGCUCCCUUUUUGAUGAAUACCAUCCACUUUGCAAUGCAAGCUAUUUUAGCUAAAUCUAUCACCUGGUUUUGGUCUGAGAGAUUUGAAGGCAGUGUUGUUAUGUCUUGGAAUGACUACUUCUGGAGAGUUGUACCAACUGCUAUUGGAACAGCGAUGGAUGUUAACCUGAGCAAUGCAUCUCUAGUUUUCAUCUCUGUCACAUUUGCUACAAUGUGUAAAUCUGCUGCUCCAAUUUUUCUACUUCUGUUUGCGUUUGCUUUCAGGUUGGAGACACCAAGCUUUAAACUAUCAGGCAUCAUCAUGGUCAUCUCCAUUGGGAUACUAUUAACAGUCGCAAAAGAAACAGAGUUUGAAUUAUUUGGAUUCAUACUUGUCAUGCUUGCUGCUGUUAUGUCUGGCUUCCGCUGGUGCAUGACUCAGAUUCUUUUGCAGAAAGAAUCCUAUGGUCUAAAAAAUCCGCUUACCCUGAUGAGCUACGUAGCUCCAGUCAUGGCAAUGCUUACUGCAAUUCUUUCGCUUGCAUUAGAUCCAUGGGAUAAAUUCCGAGAAAACCAGUACUUUGAUAAUUCAUGGCACAUAACACGAACUUGCUUGCUGUUGCUUUUUGGUGGUGCACUUGCCUUUUUUAUGGUGCUAACAGAAUAUGUUUUGGUCUCGGUAACUAGUGCUGUCACAGUCACAAUAGCGGGGGUUGUAAAGGAGGCUGUCACCAUAUUGGUUGCAGUAUUGUACUUUCAUGAUGAAUUUACUUGGUUGAAAGGAUUUGGUCUAUUCAUUAUCAUCGUUGGCGUCAGUUUAUUCAAUUGGUACAAAUACCAGAAGCUUCAGAAGGGGCAUACAAGUGAGAAUGGUGUGUCAGAGCAUCUUGCAACAGAUUCUGCUGCCAAAUAUGUUAUUCUUGAGGAGAUGGAUGAACAUGGUGAUGCCAUUUAAGACCUUGAUGCAACAAAUGACCCAGAACCAACCUCAAAUUCUGAAGAACAAAGGGAGCAAAAUUAUCCUUCUGCGACUUGCAUGUUGGCUAGCAAGGUCUUAUAUUUUCAGAUCUCAGAUAGCCAUGAUGUCCCUUGUUGGAAUUUUGAUGUUAAUUUUCUUUUGAGCGUUUAUGAAAUUGAGAAAAAUAUUUCAAGCUAUAGUUGCCAAGAUGGUACCAAUACCAAAUCCAAUCUUUGUUGUAUUCUGGUUGAAUAUGUGAAUAAUCAGAUUUCGGCAUUCUUUGGAGUGUAUAAGAUAUAAAUGAGAUCACAACAGAUUGGAAUAGAUGAUUUUUUUUUUCAGGAUUGUAUAGAAAUCAUUUCUCAUGAUGAUGAUGGUUAUUUUGCAUGUAUAAUAACGAUAUAUACUAUAUGCAGUUAAUAAUUUCUUAUCAACGUGGAAGGUAGUGCCCAUGAGGCCAUGACUACAACUUCUCAAAUAA